AUGGAGGAUGAAAAUGUUGCCGUUGGUUUAUUGUUUGCAUCAAAAGCUGUGGUCCAGUUGAUAAUUAAUCCAAUAGUUGGUCCGAUAACAAAUAGAAUCGGUUACAGCAUCCCGUUUUUUAUCGGGUUCAUCAUCACGUUUUCUUCUACCAUAUCUUUUGCAUUUGGCAACAGUUACGAGGUUUUGUUCGUGGCCAGAGCAAUACAGGGAUUGGGAUCAUCGUGUUCCAGUGUAUCAGGAUUGGGUAUGUUAGCUAGUUUGUACAACGAUGACAGGGAGAGAGGUUAUGCUAUGGCAAUCGCUUUGGGAGGACUGGCCAUUGGAGUUCUCAUUGGUCCCACGUGUGGAGGAGUCUUGUAUGAGUUUUGUGGCAAGGAAACACCAUUCAUCAUCCUGGCUGCUGUUGCAUUUGUAGCUGGAGUCAUGGUAUUGUUCGUGAUGCAACCGAAAAUGAAACAAGAGGAUAAGAAGGGAAGUUCAUUGAAGGAGCUGUUGACUGAUCCAUACAUAAUCAUCGCUGCUGUAUCAAUGUUCAUUGGUAGCAUGGGAUUUGGCAUGCUUGAACCCACCUUGCCAUUGCAUAUGAUCCAAGUUAUGGGAUCAUCAAAUUGGCAGCAAGGAAUUGCUUUCCUACCCGGAAGUUUAUCCUACCUUAUCGGCACUUACUUUUUCGGAGCACUGGCUCAUAAAAUCGGAAGAUGGUUGAGUGCAAUGAUCGGAUCAAUCAUCAUCGGUGUGUCCUUAUUUUUCAUUCCAUUUGCAACACAAUUAGAACAUUUAAUAGUUCCAAUCGCUGCACUUGGAUUUGCAAUCGGCAUGAUGCAUUCCUCAAUGAUUCCAAUGAUGGCUCACCUGGUCGACAUACGUCACGUGCCUAUAUAUGGAAGUGUCUAUGCCAUUGCCGACGCGGCGUUUUGUUUGGCGUUUGCGAUUGGGCCGUCAUUCAGUGGACUAGUAAUGAAGUUAAUUGGGUUCAGAGGACUGAUGUGGAUGAUGACAACCAUCAAUCUCUUGUACUCACCCAUCCACAUCUUCCUCAGAAAUCCGCCAACCAAAGCAGAAACACAAGUCUGUAAAUUUUAA